GCAUAGGUGUCGCUCAAAAUUUUGUAAAGGCUGCUUCAAAAUUCUUUGUGCAAAAUCCAAACACGUAGUAACGUAAACCAUGGACAUCCGGCCAAACCACACAAUUUACAUCAACAACUUAAACGAGAAAAUUAAGAAAGAUGAGUUGAAGAAAUCACUGUACGCCAUCUUCUCACAGUUUGGACAAAUCUUGGACAUCGUAGCGCUGAAAACAUUAAGAAUGCGAGGUCAAGCUUUCGUGAUCUUCAAGGAAAUCAGCAGUGCUACCAAUGCUAUGAGGUCCAUGCAAGGAUUUCCCUUUUAUGAUAAACCUAUGCGCAUCUCCUACUCCAAGGUUGACUCAGACCUGAUUGCCAGGAUGAAAGGGACUUUUGUUGAGCGGCCCAAGAAGAAGAAACCAGCUCCGGUUGAAGAAGAAGCACCUGACAAGAAAAAGAAGAAACAGAGAGUACAGCAACAGAAACAAGCUCCUGCCGUCAAUAUGCCAACUCCUGCUGUACAACAGCCACCAGCUCCUGUUGCUCCAGCUCAACAAGCCCCAGCACAGCCAACCACGAUGCCUGAACAACCACCCAACCAGAUUCUGUUCUUGACGAACCUACCCGAGGAGACGAACGAAAUGAUGUUGUCUAUGUUGUUCAAUCAAUUCCCUGGGUUCAAGGAGGUGCGUCUGGUGCCCGGUCGCCACGACAUUGCGUUUGUCGAGUUCGAGAACGAGGGACAGUCACAUGCUGCCAAGGAAGCACUGCAGGGAUUCAAGAUCACUCCACAGAAUGCUAUGAAGAUCUCGUUCGCCAAGAAAUAGUUGGUUAACAUGGUGGUAUAGAAAGGGUAGAACAAUAUUCGGUCACGUUGUCUGGGACCAUCUCAAAUAUGCUUCAGCUACUAAGACUAAACAUGUUGGAAAAUUUAAAAUUGUAGAUUUUGCAACUAAUGUUUUGUUACCUCAACUCAAGUAAAUUUGAAGUGGUCCCUAAGAAAUACAGUCUUCAUGUUGUGUGAGGGUCCCCUUUUGCUGUUUACAUGAAAGUUCUUAGCGAGAAACUGAAAGACAGGUUGUGCAUAUAAGAAUUUGACAUUGAUUUACCUCUCAAAUACUUCACUCCAGGACAUUCCUAGGGGUGUAUACAAAACCAAGACCUAAGACAU